UUGAAUUCUUUCGACCAUUCAAGCCUUAUGAUCCACGAGACUUGAAUCUUCUUCGUGAAUGGUUUCAGCCAAUACUUGUUCAAACCUUUCUAGAUGGUCUGAAUGAUGAGUUUGAUUUGCGGAGACAAAUGAUCUAUUCUGCUGUAGAUUGGCCGACACUUGAAGAAACAAUAUCUAGCAUUCUUGAGGAGGAAACACGCCUGUCAAAUCAGAUCAUGACCUCUCCUGCAAGUGUUGAUACUCGGGCUGCUCUUUCUUCAGAGACUCAUGUUCCAGCCCUUGUUCCUUCCAGGGACAACCAAGCAAAUGCUAGUAAGCUCAAGUACAGGAGGAAACCACAAGUGAUAUGUGACCAUUGCAAGAAAACUGGUCACAUAAAGAAGGAUUGCUUUGAGCUGAUUGGAUUCCCCCCUCGCUGGCAACAAGGACAACGUGGCAGGUUCAAUAUUGAUGCUGUUCGGGGUAAAAGGCAAGAUCAAGUACACCUGACUUCAUCCACAGGUGAUUUAUCAGCGGCAGCUGCACAAGCUCUCGAGGAGUUCAAGUCUAAACUCAUUGCUGCCUCUACUGAAUGUCCUGGUGCCUCAACCUCCAGUUUCCAUGUUUCUCAAGGAUCUGAAGACAGGGAAGGUACUUGGGAUUGGGACCGAGCAUGAUGGACUAUAUUAUCUCAAUAGUGGUGCAGCUCCACUUGCUCUUGCUGCAUAUACCUCGUCCACAGAUGAGUUGCUACUUCUUCACUGUAGACUUGGUCAUUUGUCUUUUCGUGUCUUAGGUCGUAUGUUCCCUUCCAUGUAUGCUUCUUGUCGGAAGGAUAAUCUUGUAUGUGAUG